AUGUCUGAACGUGUCAUACGCAGACGUAAUGUUACUUCAAGAGACCGCACCGGCUGUGUCACCUGUCGCUCCCGCAGGUUGAAGUGCGACGAGAAGAAGCCAAGCUGUAAUAACUGUACGCGCCUAAAUCUUGAAUGCGGUGGUUAUGUCACCCCGAUCAAGUUCAAGGAUCAAACAGAUCUGUGGGAGCGAAAGCAGAGGAAGAAACGCGAGGCCAAGAAGGCCGCGAGUGCCAAUCACCAGAGCCCCUCAUCACCUGUGCCGUCGCGAAGUGACCCGGCGCCCGCAAUAACACCACGAUCAUCACGGCCCAUCGUCAAUCUCGAUGAUGUUCAUGAUGAUACGUUCUUCUCUGUUGAUGACACACAGGACUUCCUCGCAGGCUCACAGGAGCAAUCGCUUUACGAAGCCGCAACAUCGUUAGCCCUGAUCUCGGAGGGAAUUCCGCGUGAGACUGGUGGUCAUGACGGUCUAGAGAUCAGCGACAGCUCACAAUCCAAUCAUGUUGUCAACUCAGUGUCAACAGCAUCAGUCAACGUCGACUUUUCCAUGUAUGCUGCUGGAGAUAAGACAUCACCAGUAUUUUAUGGAAAUGAGCACCUUCCAAGUUGCACUCCGAUAUAUCAGCCGCAGGACUCUCCCAGAGUCUGGGACCCGCACCUCGAUGAGUCAAAUCGGCAGCUGAGUUCAGUCCCGACGAUAUUACCUGGAAUUAUUGAAAGCAGCAAGUUUCCAGAAGACACGAUCUACUACCACCACCUCAGAGACAGCUCGCCUUAUGGCAUCUUAUCAAUCCUGUCUCUCAGCGAUAUUCUACAAGAGGAUCAACUCGACAGCGCCUUCUUCCAUGCUGCGCUGGCUUUGUCGGCCCUCGAUAUUUCUCAGUACAGACCUUCAGAGACUCUUGCUAGCAAAGCUGCGUUGCAAGCACUGGAUCACUUCGUUGCUGCCCUCGGCACCGUGCGUAUGGCGCAGCUGGAUGAUGAAGGCGUCGCCACAGGAUGUCCCUCAAACCAAGAUAACGCCAUAUCAUGGCUAGCUACUGUUCUGUUACUCGCAAACUUCGAGUUACAACGGGGGCAGAUGAAGCUCUGGUACAUUCACAGCAGAGCCGCGGUCACAUUCCUUUCGCAACAUCUCAAUCGCGUACGAGAAUCACCCGUGGGGGAGUCUCUCAUCCGGUCCUUCUCCCGCAUAGCCGCCCUUCUAGAUAUUUUCGACCGAGCCUACUCCGUCCGAUACAGCAUUGCAUCACCAGACGUCUCAGACUCACUGGCCUCGUCGCUUGUCAAUUCGCCUCAGUCUGCCGACAGGUUGUUGUACAUCUUGCCCCGAGUCAUUAAACUUGAGGAAGAAUGGAGGAGUAACCCACAGCAUGACCUACACUGGCGUGGCCAAGCAGAAGAUCUAAUCCAAGAGUUGAAGGCAUGGAGGAACACCUUGGACGACUAUGACGUGCCGGCCUUGCACGAGCACACAGCAAACCCCUUCGAUGAGACCGCCGAAGGCCCUGGCAUCACGAUUAAGCCUCUCAGUAUCCCUCGGGCACGAGAGCCCGUCAAAGCAGCGACGACCUUUAUGCACUACCUAAUCUCUCUUCUACGACUGGAGACACGAUAUCUUCCAGGUGCAAGACGAGAAUUGCCACCCAACGCGAAGAAGAUCAUCCUUCUCGUUUGCAGGCUAGCAGCCGGUGUCCCUUACGCAUCCUGCGCCGCCGUCAACGCGUACGGCCACGGAAUGCUUCCGGCAAUGAUGAACGCGUACUACAUGGCAGAAGACUUAGACCUAAAGACAUGGAUCAAGAACUGGAUCGCCGGGUUUCCGAGGGAUCGGGAGGGAAUCUGGAACGUCCGCCACGCCCACCGGGUACUGCGCUACGUGGACGAGGAGUACACCCGCCGCGGCUCACGACACAAUUGGGAAAUCAUCAAAGUGCGCAUGGUUGACCUAGAGGAUGACGCCACUCCUCAAGAAGACGAGGAAAGGGACCCCGAUCGGUUCUCGGUCGAGGUGUAUUCGAGGUGUAAGCGGGGGUGGAGCAUCGACUUUGUAGAAAUACCCUAA